AUGGCAAUCUCAGAAGCGCAAAAGCCCGUGUCGGUUCUCUUUGUCUGCCUAGGCAACAUUUGUCGCUCGCCAAUGGCCGAGGGCGUCUUCCGUCACAUCACAAACCACACACGACCCAAUGCACACCCCAUGAUCUCCUCUAUCGACUCUUGUGGAACGGGGGCAUAUCACGUCGGCGACGAACCCGAUCCACGAACCAUCUCUGUCCUGAACGCCCACAAGAUCACCUCGUCCUUCUACACACACCAAGCCCGCAAAUUCCGCAAUUCUGAUUUCAAAGACUUUGACUACAUCUUUGCCAUGGACAGGAACAAUGAGGAGUACUUGUUGAAUGCGAGAAAGAGAAUGAUCAAGGAGGGCAAAUUGACAGAGGAAGAGGCUGGCAAAGUUAUGCUGUUCGGUGUGUGGGGUGGUAAGGGUAAGGAAGAGGUCGACGAUCCCUACUACGGCGGCGCCAGAGGCUUCGAUAUCGCAUAUGAGCAGGUCGAGAGAUUCUCGAACGGCUUUGUGAAGAUGCUGGAGGAGCGUGGUUCGAAAAACUGA